ACACUCGCAUCGUGCACACGAUCGCUCUUCGGUCCUUUCUAAAGUCUUCACUUCAUUUUAUCUUAUCAACGGACAUUGGCUGUGUCAGUGACGACGUCGUUGUCCACGUCGCGAUCGUUCGUUUUCUUUCGCCGACGACAUUCUUAAGAAGGAAGAUCUAUAUGAUCUUUACGUGGUCUGCAUCGAUAUCGUAUUGUUAGCCCUUCAUUCAAAGUUUAUACUAUCGGAAGAAGAAUGGAUGAACAGAUCACCGAGGUUGGGACAUCGAAGUUAAAAUUACUCGACUAUGCGAUCGUUGGUAUAGUUCUAUCGAUCUCUUCCGCCAUCGGGAUCUACUAUCGAUUCACCGGCGGUCGACAACGAACUGCCGAGGAAUACUUCUCAGCCGAUCGAUCCAUGAAAAUUGUUCCGUUGGGGAUAGCCCUGACGGUUUCCUUCAUGUCCGCGAUUACGCUCCUUGGAAUCAGCGCGGAAGUCUAUGUCCACGGCAUGAUCUUCGUCUUGUUUUACCUCGGCUUCGUUAUUGGAACGCCUAUCUCCAUGUACUGCUACCUACCAGUCUUCUUCGAGCUGAAACUCAUGAGCGUCUACGAGUAUAUAGAGAGAAGAUUCGGAAUAAGGGCUCGAUUAUUGGCCAGCAUCGCCAACGUCUGCCAUAUGACUAUACACACGGGAAUCGUUCUCUUCGCUCCCUCAUUAGCCCUGGAGGCAACCACCGGCUUGUCCAGUACCUUAAGUAUCAUCUUGAUCGGCAUAAUCUGUACGUUCUAUUCAACGAUCGGUGGGAUCAAGGCUGUCUUGAUAACCGACGUAUUCCAAGCCAUGCUUAUGUUUAUAUCGCUUUUGUGCAUUAUUGGCCUCGGUAUCAGUAUCCUGCCGGACGGAUUUUAUGAUGUUUGGAACAGAUCUAUAAGUGGUGAUCGUUUGGAGUUUACCAAGUACAAUUUGGACUUAACUACACGUCACACACACUUGGGUCUAAUACUCGGCGGAUUUUUCAUGUACUUGUCAUUUAUUGCUGUCAAUCAGGUGCAGGUCCAACGUCUUUUGACCGUCAAAAAGUUGAGAGAUUCCCAGAUAGCCGUAGUAUUGAAUUUAAUAAUAAUAAGUAUCCUGUCAAUUAUGACCAUCUUCUCAGGCCUGGUUAUGUAUGCCGUUUACAAGGAUUGUGAUCCAGUGAAGUCAGAAAAAAUAUCAUCGAGCGAUAAACUCAUGCCAUAUUUUGUAGUUGACAAAUUAGAUCAUAUACCUGGCUUAACGGGGAUCUUCAUUGCCGGUAUCUUCAGUGCGAGUUUAAGCACGAUCUCAGCAAUGUUGAAUUCGCUAGCCGCUAUUAUCCUCGAGGAUUAUAUAAAACCGAUCUAUUCGAAAAUUGGUGCUACAUUUCCAACCGAAAAAACGACAUUUAUCGGUAAAUUACUUGCCGUUAUAAACGGAAUAACUUGUGUCUGUAUCGCUCUAGGAGCUUCAAAAUUCGGUAGCUUAAUCGAGGCAGUGAUCGCAUUGUCCGGAAUAAUUGGUGGCCCAUUAUUGGGCAUCUUCACACUUGGAAUGUUUUUCGAAAGUCCCAACGAAAUUGGUGCCAUUGUUGGAAUGAUUUUCUCUAUAAUUCUGUUAUGUUUAAUGGCUUAUGGUCCGAAAGAGGUUAUAACCAUGUUGCCAGUAUCCAUCGAUGGUUGUGAGAAUGGAACGUUACUGAUGUUGAAUGAGACGAUUGGAUUAAACUUGACGAUCAGUAACGAUUCGAACGUUCCAUUUAUAAAUCGAAUCUCGUACAUUUGGUAUUCCAUGAUUGGAUCCCUGUUAACAAUCAUCAUAGGAUAUUUAAUCAGUUUAAUAACAAAAAAAUUUUUGGACAAUACACGCGAGCACAAUCCUAAUCUCUUCGUACCAUUUGUGGCGGCAAGAGUCAAAAGGAGACGUCUAAAAGAGGAAAGAGUGACAUCCAGUCAGAUGUUCGUUUUAGAACCGAGUUGUAAAAAUUGAAAUGGAAUUAAUUUAUAAAGCGACCGAUAACUACUUACGUGCAAAUGUAUUAAAACUGUUGUGUUCAUAAAUUAUAAA